CCUACAAGGGCGCGGGGACCCACAACGGCAGCUGUCCCCAAAGAACUGAAAUUGAGGAUUGAAGUAACAGAGUGCCCGGAUUUUCUGUGCGUGGUUUAGGUAGAGGACGAAGUUUUCGCUUCAGGCUACGGGGUGUUUUGUAGGCGCUCAAGGGAUUGAGGCUCUUCCUGCUUUAGAGAAGAUGCCCCCGAAACAGCCUCCUCGUAAGCAGAGCAUCAGUGUGGGCAGAGGAACCAGGAAGAGAGAUGAAGAUUUGGGGACCGAUGUGGGAGAAGGGGCAGAUGAAUGGACCCAGUCCAAAAUCACGGUCAGACCCCCUGACCAGCUGGAGUUGACUGAUGCGGAGCUAAAGGAGGAGUUCACUCGGAUACUGACGGCCAACAACCCCCACGCACCCCAGAACAUCGUCAGGUACAGCUUCAAAGAAGGCACAUAUAAGCUUAUUGGCUUUGUGAGCCAACUGGCAGUUCACUUCAGUCAGGUUGGGAACCUGAUCCCCAAAGACUCAGAUGAAGGACGACGGCAGCACUAUCGCGCUGAGUUAGUGGCAGGUUCUCAGGAGUCUGCCAAGGUGGUGCUUUCAGAAGCAGAAAUCCUUGAAGAAGAAGAAGAGCCCAAGGAAGCUGAAGCUGGGAGUCAAACAGAUAUGCCUGCAGCUGAGACAACUGAAAAAGUGACUGAAGAAGAAUUGAUGGCUCCUAAGCAGCCCAAGGAGCAGAAGCUCACCAACCAGUUCAAUUUCAGUGAGAGGGCCUCCCAGACCUUCAACAACCCUCUCCGGGACCGAGAAUGCCAAACGGAGCCUCCUCCCAGGACAAACUUUUCAGCCACAGCCAAUCAGUGGGAGAUCUAUGAUGCCUGCAUAGAGGAGCUGGAGAAGCAGGAAAAGACGAAAGAAAAGGAGAAGACCAAGACCCCAGUGGCUAAAAAAACAGGGAAGAUGGCCACGAGGAAGCUGACAUCUAUGGAGUCCCAGAGUGACGACAUCACCAAAGUGGCCCAAGCUGCUAAAAUAGUGGAGCGAAUGGUCAACCAGAACACAUAUGACGAUGUUGCUCAAGAUUUUAAGUACUAUGAGGACCCUGCGGAUGAAUACCGGGACCAGGAGGGUACGCUGCUGCCACUCUGGAAGUUCCAAAACGACAAAGCCAAGCGCCUGGCCGUCACCGCCCUCUGCUGGAACCCAAAGUACAAGGAUCUGUUUGCAGUGGGACAUGGCUCCUAUGACUUCAUGAAGCAGAGCCGGGGCAUGCUGCUGCUUUACAGCAUGAAGAACCCCAGCUUCCCCGAAUACAUCUUCAGCAGUGAGAGUGGCAUCAUGUGUCUUGACAUGCAUGUGGACCACCCCUACCUGGUGGUGGUGGGCUACUAUGACGGCAAUGUGGCCAUUUACAAUCUCAAGAAGCCCCACUCCCAGCCCUCCUUCCGCAGCUCAGCCAAGUCUGGCAAGCACACGGACCCUGUGUGGCAGGUCAAGUGGCAGAAGGAUGACAUGGACCACAACCUUAACUUCUUCUCUGUGUCAUCUGAUGGCAGGAUUGUGUCUUGGACGCUCGUGAAGAGUGAGCUGGUUCACACGGAUGUCAUCAAGCUGAAAGUGGAGGGCAACACCACGGAGGGUCUCGAGGGGCUGCAGCUACACACAGUAGGCUGUGGCACUGCCUUUGACUUCCACAAAGAGAUCGACCACAUGUUCCUAGUGGGCACAGAGGAGGGAAAAAUCUACAAGUGCUCUAAAUCCUACUCCAGCCAAUUCCUCGAUACCUAUGAUGCCCACAACAUGGCAGUGGAUGCUGUGUCCUGGAACCCAUACCACACCAAGGUCUUCAUAUCCUGCAGCUCUGACUGGACAGUGAAGAUCUGGGACCACACCAUCAAGACCCCAAUGUUCAUCUAUGACCUGAACUCAGCUGUGGGUGAUGUGGCCUGGGCACCAUACUCUUCUACUGUGUUUGCAGCGGUCACCACCAAUGGGAAGGCCCACGUGUUUGACUUGGCCAUCAACAAGUACGAGGCUAUCUGUAACCAGCCUGUGGUGGCCAAAAAGAAGAACAAGAUUACCCACGUGCAGUUCAAUCCCAUCCACCCCAUCAUCAUUGUGGGCGAUGACCGUGGGCACAUCACUUGCCUCAAGCUCUCACCCAAUUUGCGCAAGAUGCCCAAGGAAAAGAAGGGGCAGGAAGUACAGAAGGGUCCAGCUGUGGAGAUCGCAAAAUUGGACAAACUGCUGAACCUGGUGAGGGAAGUGAAAACGAAGACCUGAGGGCCUGGCCUCAGUCCCCAUCCCAUUUCUUGAACUUGCAGCCCCUGACCCUGUUACCCAUCCCAACCUUAGCACCCAGCAUGUGACCCCAGCUUCUUCCCUUAGCACGUUACUUUAGGACUUAGUCCUCAACCACCAUUACUCCCUUCCACUUUGCACAAAUAAACCUGUCAGAAAGUCCA